GCGCAGGCCACCUAGCUUUGCCUAGCUCGCGCGGCCGCCUGCCAUGGAGAACCCGUACACGACCUUCCUUAAGAACUACCAACACCACCGCCACUACUUCCCCGUCACGGCGCCGGCUCCAACGCCGACGCCGACGCCGGCGCCUCCACUGCUCUCCGCAUACUCCAACCCUUUCUUCUCCCGGCCGACUCCUGCCCCGCCAUCUUCGCCUCCGCUCCGGGAGGCCCUACCCCUACUCUCUCUCGCCCCUGCUUCCAGCCGGUCGCGAGAGCAUGUCCACGGCCAGGACACCGAUCACGACGGCGGAGACGACGAGGAGGGGGAUCAGGUGUCAGGCCCCUCCGCGAGCAGUAGCCACCACAUCAACCACCAGCGAGAGGGGCGACGGCUCUUCACGGACCUGAACUCCAAGGCAGCCGACGACCCGAUGGCCGUGGAGGCGGGCGGUGGCAGUGGCGAAGCUGGGGACGUGACGGUGGCGCUCCACAUCGGUCUGCCGAGCACCGGUGCCGCCGCUGACCUCAUCUCCGGGAUCUCGGCUGCCGGGAGGGCUGGUGCUGCGGCGCGGGAGGACGACGAGGAAGACGACGACGGCGGGGGCGUCAGCGGUGACGCGGAUGGCGAGGCGGCCGUUGUGCCGCUAGGGUUCGCGUCGACGCCGAUCGGUCGGCUGAACAAGGGGCAGUACUGGAUCCCGACGCCGUCGCAGAUCCUCAUCGGCCCAACACAGUUCUCUUGCCCCGUCUGCUUCAAAACCUUCAACCGAUACAACAACAUGCAGAUGCACAUGUGGGGCCACGGGUCCCAGUACCGGAAGGGCCCGGAGUCGCUGCGCGGCAUCCAGCCGACGGCGAUGCUGCGGCUGCCGUGCUACUGCUGCGCGCCGGGUUGCCGGAACAACGUCGACCACCCGCGCGCCAAGCCGCUCAAGGACUUCCGCACCCUGCAGACGCACUACAAGCGCAAGCAUGGCCUCAAGCCCUUCCUCUGCCGGCGGUGCGGCAAGGCCUUCGCCGUCAAGGGCGACUGGCGCACGCACGAGAAGAACUGCGGCAAGCUCUGGUACUGCCUCUGCGGCUCCGAGUUCAAGCACAAGCGCUCCCUCAAGGACCACGCGAGGGCGUUCGGGCAUGGACACGGCGCGCUAGGAGGCGGCGGCCUCGACGACGACGACGACUGCGCCGUUUCCGACGUCGAGCACGACGGUGGUGCCGCCAGGUCACUCUGAGUCUCUUUCACGGGAUGCCCGGAAGGUCUGCGGGCACGUCCGAACUAUGCAGUAGUGUAUACACGUCCAAAACUAUGCAGUGUACACAAACUCAAGCUCACGAGCGCUCUUGGAUUUGGUUGCUUCUUCUGUUCUUCUCUUGCUAUUCUACUUGUUCCCGAUCCUUUAUCUUGUAGUUCUCCGCUUGUAUAUUAGGUAGGGUGAGAUCUCAAUCUAUCGAUCAUGGAAAUGUGUCGAGAUUUUAUUAACA